CCCAUGGAGUGUUACUACAUUGUCAUCAGCUCCACUCAUCUCAGCAAUGGGCACUUUCGCAACAUCAAGGGAGUUUUCCGAGGUCCCCUCAGCAAGAACGGCAACAAAACUCUGGAUUAUGCUGAGAAGGAAAACACAAUAACAAAGGCUUUAGAAGACCUAAAGGCCAACUUCUACUGUGAACUAUGUGACAAACAAUAUUAUAAACACCAGGAGUUUGACAAUCAUAUUAAUUCAUAUGACCAUGCUCACAAGCAGAGGCUUAAGGAAUUAAAACAAAGAGAAUUUGCAAGAAAUGUAGCAUCCAAGUCCAGGAAAGAUGAAAGAAAACAGGAAAAAGCUAUUCAACGACUACACAAGCUGGCUGAGCUACGGAAAAAAGCCACGUGUGCUCCUGGGAGUGGCCCUAUGUUCAAGUCAACCACUGUCACAGUGAGAGAGAAUUUUAAUGAAAUUUCACAAAAUGAUGUGGUAGAUUCAUUAAAUAAAGAGGAAGAAUCUAAGGAUACAUUGAUUCACAAUUAUCAGAAUGCUAAAGAUGCUGAUGCUAUUGCUUCAACUCCAGAAAGUUCAAAUAAUUAUAAAGCAAAAUCCAAUCAUAUUGGAGACCAAGCUCCUGUAGUUCAUGGGCAGAAGAUUGGUUUUUCUUUUGCCUUUCCAAAGAAAGCAUCAGUGAAGCUGGAAUCUUCAGCUGCAGCUUUCUCUGAAUACAAUGAUGAUGCUUCUGCAGAAAAUGGUUUUAACAGAAAAAGUAGAUUUGUCCCUGGAGUUUGUCAUCACCUAUUAUCUUUACCAACAGAAGUAAUUUUGAAUGCUGAAGAGAAGCCAAAUUCAUUUCAUCCACUUGGGGAAAUGAUCUCUGAAAAAGAAGAAACUCCUCAAACUACAGAGACAAAAGAACCUGUGAAUAAAAAUGAUACUUUAUUAGUGCUUCCUUUUUGCCAGCCCGAAUUCCUAUUGUCUGCUGCUUCUGAGGGCUAUGAGAAUCCAACUGCAUUACCAGAUCAGACAAAAUCCAAAGAUGUCAUUAUUAAUCAAGAUGCAUCUACAGACUCUAAUGGAUCUGAACUAUUAGGAAAUAGUUCAACAUCUAUUUCCAUUGGUAGUGAUUGUUUGUCAUCAUCCACUAUCCAAGAGGAAAAUUCAAAGAGUCUUUGCAGUGAUUCAUCCUUUAGUGAACCUGAAGGUAAAACACUGGAGCCUGAAAUUUUGGUCCCUCCAAAUAUUGAUGGAGACAACACAACUUUGAAGACUAGAGAGGACAUAUGUAAAAAACCGCAGAAGCCUUUUGUGCCUGUGCUUAGUAAGUAUGGAUCAACAGUUCUUCAAUGGCCAUCUGAAAUGUUGAUUUACACAACUACUGAACCAUCAAUUUCUUACAGUUGUAAUCCUCUAUGCUUUGACUUUAAGUCUACUCAGUCAAGAAACAGUCUUGAGAAAAAUAAUGAUAAUUUAAAUUUUCUUCAUUCUCAUCAAAUGAUUGAAGAUUUUUAUAGGAGUCCAGCUACAGACUGCAAGGAUGAUUCCAUCAGAGAGGACAAUGAUUAUGAAAUUAUAAAUAACAAAAAAGAGUAUAACCAUGCCAUAUCACUUAUAACCAAUUGUAAUUUUACCAAAGGCUGUGAUUCCAGAAAGAGUAAGGAGGAUAUAGGUAUAAAGCUUAAAGAUGAUCCAUAUACUAUUGGAAAACCAGAUAAAUUUAUCUUCAUCAAAAAAAAAGUAAGGCAAGGCAUUAUGGAUGAGAAACAUAAUAAAAUAUGGUUAAAGGAAACUCAUGAAAAUUCAUUUCACAGAAGUAGAAAAAAGAAAAGAAGAAGAAAAUUAUGUCAGCAUCAUUAUGGAGAAUUAAUCAAGGAAGAAUCAGAUACUUCUUUCAAAAUGGAACCAGAGACUAAUCAUGUUGAUGUAGCAAAGAACUGUGAAUUGGAAACAAUUUCAGAAAAAGGUAGUGAUGAAUGUAAAAAUAACUGGCUAACUAAAGAUGAAUUACAAGAACCACAUGAAUUAGCUGACAAAAGACCCGAAUCAGUGCCCAUCUAUGUACACAAGAAUAAAGGAAUGUGUAAGAUUUGGAACAUAAAACAGAACAGUGGUGAAGCUGUCAGUUCCAAAAAUUUCCAUAGAAAGAGCAAAACUAGUUUACAUGGGCCAAUAAAUCAAAUGUUAAAUUCUGGAAAACAUAACUUAACAUACUCUAGAACAUUUUGUAGUUGGAAAGUCAGAGCAUCUAGUUGUAGCUCAGAUCACAAUUGUUUAGUAUACCAAAAUGAGGUGAAAUGCCUAGGUCAGAAUCCAUCCAUCAAAAGAGGGUAUAAUUCACUUAUUAAUGAACCUGAAAAAUCUUAUCGGAAAAGAAGACAGUACACAAAUUCUUGCUCAUCUGAUGAAAGCUUACAUAGACAUAAUUGUUUAACUGAACAGCAUUUGAAACCAACAAGAACUUUGACUAAACCCUAUAAGCCUAAGAAGAAACGAAGAAGGAAAAGAACAAGACUUCCUUCUGGAUUUAGAGACCAGGAGCUUAAAAAGAAAUUCAAUUACAGCUGCUUGAAAAAAAAAUCUUUGUCAAAUAAUCUGAGUGAGUUAAUAACCCAGGAAGAAACAAAAGAAGCAAAACGACAACCCAUUGUUGACUUUGCACAAAAUAUGGAACAAACAGAGGCAGAGGAGAACAAGUUGACUCUGAACUCUUCUGAUUUCAUUCCUCCAGAAACUAACAGAGAAAUUGAAUAUAUGCAAAUGGAGAAUAUUCCAGGUAAAUUUUCAGAAACUUUUAAACAUUCUCCAGACUCUGUGUUUGAAUCUAGCAUGCUAAAAGUACCUACUGAGAACAUGAUGGAGCAAAAAGAAAAACAUGAAAGUGAAAACCUUCCUCCUUUGAAAUUGCCUAACAUUGAAAGAAGUUUUGGUCCACCACCACCCAAAUCCUAUCUUUGCCAUUAUGAACUUGCUGAGGCCCUCCCUCAAGAGAAGAUGAAUGAAGCAGCAAGUGAAUGGCUUAGGUAUAAUUCAGGAAUCCUUAACAACCAACCACCAUUACCAUUCAAAGAAGCACAUAUUAAUGGUCAUACUUUUUUAACUACAGAGCAGAUCCUUGCACCGUUAGCCUUGCCAGAUCAAACGUUAUUGUUCCCUCUAGAAAAUCAUGAAAAAUUCAAAGAUCUGCCAUGUGAGGCAUACCAGCACAUCAUGCCCCCAAACCUGCUGCCUACCAAGGUCAAGUUGACCUUUGCUCCACCUGCCCUGCAGUCAGCUAGUCCACCUCUUCAGCCUUUGCCUUUGCAGCAGCCCCUGUGUUCUACCUCGGUUACCACUAUCCACCAUACAGUUUUGCAGCAACAUGCUGCUGCAGCUGCAGCUGCAGCUGCCGCAGCUGCUGCUGCAGGAACCUUCAAAGUGCUGCAGCCCCACCAACAGUUUCUCUCACAAGUUCCUACUCUCACCAGAACACCUUUACCUCAGUUUUCAGUAGGACCCAGACUUUGCCCUGCGGGUCACACAACUUUUGUUGCACCUCCUCAGUUGCCUAUCAUUCCAUCUUCAGUUCUUCAUCCCAGCCAUCUGGCUUUUCCACCUUUGCCUCAUGCCCUUUUCCCUUCCCUGCUUUCACCCCAUCCCACUGUUAUUCCUCUGCAACCUCUCUUUUAGUCAUUAAUCAGAGGGGGGAAAGGAAUAUCUAAGUGAAAGCUACUCCUAUGUAUGUAAGUGCUCAUUUCACUUGAAAAUUGGCUCUGUAAAAGAUGGAAGUCAACAGGCUUAAAUAAGGUCUCAUUAAUUUGAAAUCAUUUACUGUAAGUGUAAUGAUGCAAAUGUAUCCUUAAUGUUCUUACCCAUGAUAUAAUUAAAGCACUGAAUAGUCAUAAACUAAUAUGAACUAUAUACUGUAUAUUAAACUGUCUUAGAUGAUGUAUAAUGUACAUAAAAUAUAUUUAUAGUACUGUAAUUUAUGUUGUAAAGUACUCUUUUGUUUUUUAAUCUUUGUGUACUUGCACCUAUUUAAUGUUUAGAAAGCGGAUGCACUAUGUUUUGUACUAUGUUCCUUAAAACUGUAAAUCCAGUGACGAAAUAUCUCUUGCAAUAAAUUUUUGUUAACUA